CAGAGGGCGGGGCCAGGGAAAGGAACCCAGCUUGGCCCUGCUGUGCGGGGGCCCCUGGGAGAAAGAGAGCAGCUGCCAUGGGCUCUGGGGAGGGGACGGCUCCUCCCCAACACGGUGACCUUGGUCGUGUCCAUUCACUGGAUUGAGAGAAGCCCAGGGCUCCAGGUCCCAGGACCUGGCCCCACCGAGCUGCUUCUCUCCCGAAGCUUCCCGGGCCCUGGCCACCUUCCUGCCUGCUCAUCCGACCUGACUCGGGCUGGACAAGGACGCACAGAGCCCCAGAAAAGCAGAAGUGAGGACUUGGGGUGAAUCCUCUGAGGAGGCUCGACCUUGUCCCCUUCCAGGGUCUGGCACUGCUGCAGGGGACAUCCGUGCUGGAGAGAUGACCCCGAGGGUGGGGGCCGUGUGGCUGCCUUCAGCUCUGCUGCUUCUCCGGGUCCCAGGCUGUUUGUCCCUGAGUGGCCCCCCAACUGCGAUGGGCACCAAGGGGGGAUCCCUGAGCGUGCAGUGUCGGUACGAGGAGGAAUACAUCGACGAUAAGAAAUAUUGGGACAAAUCCCCAUGCUUCCUCUCGUGGAAGCACAUUGUGGAGACCACGGAGUCAGCGAGAGAAGUGAGGAGAGGCCGCGUGUCCAUCAGGGACGAUCCUGCCAACCUCACCUUCACAGUGACCUUGGAGAGGCUCACAGAGGAGGAUGCAGGGACGUACUGUUGCGGGAUCACUGCACAAUUUUCAGUUGACCCCACCCAUGAGGUGGAGGUGGUUGUGUUUCCAGCCCUCGGCACCAGCAGGCCCCCAAGCAUGCCAGGGCCUCCCACGACCCUGCCAGCAACCACCUGGAGCUUCGUGUCUGAGCGGGAGACCAUGGCCAACAACCUUGGAAAGGGCCCUGCAUCCCAGGACCCCGGACAACACCCUCGAUCCAAGCAUCCCAGCAUCCGCCUGCUGCUCCUGGUCUUCCUGGAGGUGCCCUUGUUCCUGGGCAUGCUCGGGGCGGUCCUCUGGGUCCACAGGCCUCUGAGGAGCUCUGAGAGCAGGUCCGUGGCCAUGGAUCCCGUGCCCGGGAACACAGCGCCCUCUGCUGGAUGGAAGUGAACGCGGACCGAAAAAUUCAGGGUCGCGGUCUGUGUUUCCCUCAGAAUACUCUGAAAAGGUUUUGGAAAUUUUUUCUUGCACAGUAUCACAAAAAGAAAAGAAUAUGCCUAAUAAAUGCCUACUCUUUAAACCAGGA